AAGUUUAUUACGAACAAAUGUUAAAUUUUAUUGGCUGAUUUAGAUUUAACUGCAUUCAUUUAUAAAAGAAAUUUUAUAAUACCCAAGAAAAUUUUGGUAUAAAUUAAUUAUUCUGACAAAGUUCGACUGGCUAGCUAAAUUUCGUGUGCCUGCAUAAAAUAAAUACCAAAAAUGUCUAGCGAUGAAAAUAGCUAUGACUCCAACGAGUCCACGGAGGAAAAACGUUUUAAACAUUCUCUAAGCUCACAUAAAAAGGCCAAAAAACAAAAGACACAUAAAAAAUCAACCAAAAGUGAGAAAUCUCAUAGGAAGCAUAAAAAGUCGAAGAAACGUCACCAUAAACAUAGUGAAUCCUCUGUUUCGGAAGAUACUGGUGAUAAACGGCGCAGUGGGGCGCUAAAUGAAAAGUUUACAGAAAUAAUGCAUUUGCAUGUCAGUAAAGAUGCCACUCCAUUGAUCUCUUGCAACCAGACCUCAAAUGGAGGUAGAUUCACUAUAACAAAAUCCAAUGUUCAAACAGAUCCUUGUAGCUUGGUGGAGGAGAUUACUAAAACUAUAAAAAAUAAUAUUUUGCCUACUAUGGAAGUUGCAUCAUCGGGCAGCGAAAGUGAAGUCCCCAUUGAUGUCGCUAGUCCAGAUGUUGCUAUCAUAGAGGAUGAGCUCAACCUCGAGGAAUUGAUGAAGCAAAAGGCUUUACUUCAGGCCCGAUUAGGAGCUUAUUUAUCAGAAUCUGAUGGUGAAGAUAGCGCUUAUAAAGUACCAAUUGUAAACCGCAGUCUUCAUAACGAAACGGCAAACACAACUGAAUUUGACAACAGAGCUGAAAUCACCCACUCAGCUAAAAAGCGGUCGUUAUCAUCUUCUUCGUCAACCAGUAAAAAUAUUAGUAAACUAAGUAAAAAACAUAUAUCAAAUGAACCCGAUGUUAUAUUAUUGGAUGAUUCCAGCGGUGGGCACCGAACACCUGAAUUUAAGCGCAAAUUUUCGCGCACUUCUUUUGGUGUAGCACAAGAAGAGCGUCUACCGUCGCCACAGAAGAAGUCAACUGCUGAACAUUACCACCACCAUCAUCGCCAUCAACAACAGGAUGCACACUACUCACGCAGACAAAGUUCGCGAGACAGACACACAAAUCUUAAGCGUAGCGCCAGCCGUAGUCGGUCGCAACGUCGAGAGUCAGAGACCAACACUCAUCGACGUCGAGACGAUAGUCACAGCUGUGGCCGUCAACGGCGGGGCUUGCAUGAUCAAAACAGAAACAAAGAAGACCUUCGCCUGGAAAUAAAUCGUGAUAAGCAACGGGAGCGAGAAAAUAGUCGUGAUCGUGACCGACGCGCUCGAGAGGAUCGAAUAAGGCAACAGGAACGCAGUGGUGGAGGCUCCUUUGGCAACUCUCGAGGACGGGAGCGUGAACGUGAACGUGACCGUGAUCGUCGAAUGAGAUCUCAUAGCCGAAGUAAAGUCGAGUCGGAUCGGCGUCGGAUAGAACGAGAACGUCAGCGUACUGGAAAAAACGAUCGAGAUGGUUGGCGAGGUGAGGAGCGUGGUCGUGAUAGGGAAAAGGAUCGUUAUCGUGAUUCGCUAAGUGAGGGGCAAAAAGCUGAAGUGAAAGAUUCAAGCAGCGAGGAUGAGGGUAAUUUGGAUAUUGAUAUCAAUGAGGACGAAGACGAAGAAGAAAAAAUUAUUGAAAUGCGACGAAAACAGCGUGAGGAGUUAUUGAAAAAACUAGGAGGGAAAAACGAAUCCUCUCCUCCAAGUAAUUCUUCACAUCAUCGAAGAGAACGAAACGCCUCCCCAGUUGAAGAGAACACUCAAUACACCGCCAAUUCACCAAAUAAACCUUCAAAACAACCGCCAGAUGAGAUUAAGCGCGAGGAUUUCAAUGACGUAGACGAUGAUAGAAAAACUAAAAGUAGUGCUAAGGAAAAGCGACCCGAAUGGGAUAUGUUUGCUGAUCAAGAUGUAGACUCGAAUUUUGAUUCUCCUAAUGCUAUUGUGUUGAAUAAAACGCAAAAUGAAAACCCGGCAUUGACAGACAACUGGGAUGAUGCUGAGGGCUAUUAUCGUGUCCGUAUUGGGGAAAUACUAGACAACCGUUACGUUGUGAGCGGUUAUACUGGACAGGGUGUUUUCAGUAACGUAGUGAGAGCUCGUGAUCAAGCACGUGGAAAUGCAAAUGUGGCAGUGAAAAUUAUCCGUAAUAACGAAAUAAUGCAUAAAACGGGUCUGCGUGAAUUGGAGAUUCUUAAAAAGUUAAACGAUGCCGAUCCAGAAGAUAGAUUCCACUGCUUACGGCUUUUCCGGCAUUUUUUCCAUAAACAGCAUCUUUGCAUGGUGUUUGAACCAUUAUCGAUGAACCUUCGCGAAGUUCUUAAGAAAUAUGGCAAAAAUGUUGGUUUACAUAUCAAAGCAGUGCGUAGCUAUACCCAGCAACUGUUUCUGGCCCUUAAGCUACUUAAAAAAACAGGAAUACUUCAUGCGGAUAUUAAGCCCGAUAACAUUCUUGUCAAUGAAAAUAAUUUGUGUCUAAAACUUUGUGAUUUCGGUUCGGCAUCAACAAUCAAUGACAACGAGAUAACGCCAUAUUUAAUAUCGCGUUUUUAUCGGGCACCGGAAAUAAUAUUGGGUAUUACUUAUGAUUACGGAAUUGACAUGUGGUCUGCUGGGUGUACAAUCUAUGAACUAUAUACCGGCAAAAUACUCUUCAGUGGAAAGAGUAACAACCAGAUGUUGAAAUUUUUCAUGGACUUAAAAGGAAAAAUACCAAAUCGUAUCAUUCGCAAAGGUCAAUUCAAGGACCAACACUUUGAUCAGAGCUGCAGCUUCCUUUAUCAUGAAAUAGAUAAAAUUACAGAGAGGGAGAAGAUCGUGGUUAUGCCUGUCGUAAAACCCACACGGAAUCUGCAGCAGGAACUUAUUGCUGAUCAGAAUUUACCAGAUGACCAGCAUCGUAAAGUAACCCAACUCAAGGAUCUGUUGGAUAAUAUCUUUGCACUUGAUCCAUCGAAAAGAAUUUCUUUGAAUCAAGCACUCACACAUCCUUUUAUUCAGGAAAAGAUGUAAGCGACGACUUAAGGAAUGUGUCUCCGCAAUUUAUAAUGAAAUGAAAAUGAAUAAUGGACGCCUCGACACCAGGCAUACACACAAUGUAAUUCUUUCCUAAAAUGCUGCUAGUAUUGUAUUAUCUGUUACAUUCUGACAGUGUAUAGUGUUUAUAAAUUAAGCAUUAUACAAUUAUUUAUACGCGAUAAAAACAUUUUUUCAUAGAUGUAUCUUUUACGAGUAUUUUGAGUACCAGUGUGGGCAUCGGGAAAAUAGUAGAAAUGCAACAGAGAUAUUUGAACUGAACACAUUUUUAUUUGAACUUUAAGUUUUACCUUUACAAAUCUCGGCUGGUUUGAAAAAUUAAUAUAAAUUAUAUUUGCCAAAGUACAAAACCAAUAGUCCAAUCCUAGGUUGAAGCGUAUAUGCGCGGGGAAACUUAAAAUAUUUGUUACUUCGUCUAGCACUUAAAAUUGGAAUGUAACGUAAUUGAAUCCAGUAAUUUAUUGAUUGUGUUUCAAAAUCACGAUUAGAUCAAAAUCAAGAAGUUGUAUCAUAUUAAACGAACUUAGUUAAUAUGCAAAAUA